AUGGACAAUUGCCAUCAUUGCGCUAGCAACCAUGAUAAGAAUUUGAUUGAAGUCAUGGAUGAGGUUUUAAAAUCUGUGUGCCUAGGUAGAAAUUGCCUAUCCUUAACAAAGUCUUGUGAUGAGUUAGGCAGGCCUAUGAUUUCACUUUACCCCAGUGAGGUAAUUGACUUCAGUUCUCAGUAUGGACCGGAGCGAAGCAUAUCCUACACAAUCAACAACAUAAUUGGACCCCCUCAGAUAUUUCCACGUUAUGGAGAUUUCACACAAUCGGCCGUUCUAAGAACUUAUGGUAAUUGGUGGAAGAAAUUGAGACCGACAAAAGUCAGGAGGUCAAGAGGGUCAUUUAUUAGCGAAGAUUUUAUCACGCUGUCGUUUCCUGACUUUGUCGAGCCUUCCAUGAUUCAACUGACCGAAACGUAUAACCCGGGAGCUCUUGUGAAGAUUAUGGCUGCGGAAAUCAGAAAUGAAAAGAUUUUCAGAUGGGUUGUGUUAUGGGAGGCGACAGAGUUGUCCUCCAAAAGCUGUCGUAACAAGGCAAGGAUUUUUUGUCCAAAGUUUAUCAGGGAAUGUCAUUUUUAUACAAAUAUAAUACGUUUGGAGUUUAACAGCUCGAAUCUUCCCUACUACACUGAAAUUGAUUCUGUUGAGUUGUUUGGUCAUGCUAAGAAGAAGGAGGAAGAUGAUGAUGAUGAUGUGAUUAAAGAGAAACACGUUCGCUGCAUUGUUAGAAUCUCGAAGCUUAACAAUGGUGAAAGGGAGUAA